AUGACAAAACGGUUGUUCCACCGGAUCACAACAACAAUUGCUUCAAACUACUACUACUUCAGGCAAAACCUGGACGCAAGGGGUCUCUUAGGCUGCACCCCUAGGCAAAAGGUUACAGCUGCAUUGAGGAUGCUGGCCAACGGCAAUUCAGCAGACAAGCUUGAUGAGAAACUUAGGAUGGGAAAGACUACAAUUGCAGAAGCGACACAGAAAUUUGCUUGGGCAAUAAUCCGCUUAUUUGGUGAUGAGUAUCUCCGCCGCCCUAAUGCUCAAGAUGUUGCAAGGCUGCUGGAAAUAGGUGAGAGGAGGGGCUUCCCUGGCAUGCUUGGAAGUUUGGAUUGCAUGCACUGGCAAUGGGACAAAUGCCCUACUGGAUGGCACGGCUUCUAUAGUGGUCAUUGUCACCACCCCACUGUCAUUCUAGAGGCCGUGGCUUCAUCGGACCUGUGGAUAUGGCAUGCCAAUUUUGGGCUCCCUGGAUCGUGCAAUGACAUCAACAUGUUGCACCGCUCUCACUUGUUUGAUGACCUGGCUCAAGGUAAUGCCCCUCUUGUUAACUUCACCGUCAAUGGAAAUUCAUAUGACAUGGGUUACUACCUUGCUGAUGGUAUAUACCCUGAGUGGGCUACUCUUGUGAAGGGGGGUGCAUUGUCCUAUAACUGA